AUGAAACAUCAUUGCAAUUCGAGACAGUACACCGCAGUACAACAAGUUACAGCUUACUUUUUGAGCGCAGAAUCGCAAUGUUGUGCCAGCAUGCCUACCAAAUACAAGUGCACUGGAAGUUGUUCCAGGGCUAGUUGGACCGAACAACAGUUAGCCGAAGCCAUUCAAGCCGUUAAUGAAAAUAGAAUGGGAGUUAAUGAGGCUGGUCGAAAUUUUGGGGUACCGGCAACCACUCUACGAAGAAGAAAAUUGAGAGAAAAUGUGAAGAAAGGCCCUCUUGGACCCUCCUCCACGUUAGGCGAAGCUGCUGAAGAAAAGUUGACCAAAUAUAUCAUAAAACUUCAAAAAAACGGAUUUUCUCCUACUCGAACCGAUGUGCGAAGUAUGGAUUUCAAAUUGGCCGAAGAGCUGAGCAUUAAACAUAAUUUUAAUAAGGAAUUAAGAUUAGCUGGUUUUCCAUGGCUGCAGUUGUUUCUGCAGAGAAACUCAAGGCUGUCAGUAAGAAAAGCAGAAGGGGUCUCCAUUGAUCGAUCCCUGGGUAUGAACAAAAAAGACAUUGAGGCUUACUUUCAGCUGCUAGAAAAUACUCUGAUCGGGAACGAUCUUAUGAAUAAACCUGGACAUAUCUACAAUAUGGAUGAGACGGGCUUACAACUCAAUAAUAGGCCGGGACAUGUUAUUGUUAAGAAAGGAUCUAAGAACAUCGCAAGUAUCAGUUCCGGUGAAAAGGGGGAAACCAUCACGUGGCUCAAAGAUCAGUUCGUUCCCAGAAAGCCGACAGGGGUAGUUUUGUUACUACUUGAUGGUCAUGCUUCACACUGCAAUAACGUUGACAUGCUAGAAUACUGUGUUGAACACAACAUCACACUGCUUUGCUUACCAAGUCAUACGACGCAAUUUUUACAGCCGCUAGAUAGAUGCUUUUUCAGAUCGCUAAAAUUAAACUACUACUCAGCUUGCAAUUUAUACAUUAAAAAUAAUCCAGGACGAAAGCUCACUAGAUUACAGUUUGGAAAGUUACUUGCUGAAGGGUGGAACAAGUCUGCAACUGUGAAUAAUGGAGCUUCGGCAUUCAAGGCUACGGGAAUUAUGCCAUUCAAUCCUUCUGCUAUCCAAGAUGACGCCUAUUUGACUGAAAUUAACAUCGUACUUCAGGCUCCUCAUGCAGGCAAAAAUAAACAAAUUCCAGAAGAUAGUUCUCAAAGUUUUAACAAAGCCUUAUCUCAUGAUGAUCAACAACCUUGCUGCAGUUGGCAGACUGAAGAUGAUUCUGUACCAGAAAAACAAAAUGAAUCGGUUGUAGAAACUAAUGCAAAUACUCCCGUGAAAAGUACCCCCGGAAAAAUGCUAGAUAUAAUCUCACCCGUUCCAGUUGUUUCCGCUGACGUCAAUUCGGUUCGAAAACGAAGCAAGCAGCUGGCAGAAAUUUUAACUACAGAGACAACAAUUGGUGAAAAAAGAACGCAGCGUCUAGAAAAAACAGAGAAAGAGCGAAAAGUAAAGACCAGAAAAUUAAAACCGGUUUUGAAGAAGCCAAAAGUGACUAAAAAGAAAACAAGGAAAGCUGCCAAAAGCGAUUCAUCCUCAGAUGAAGGACUAGAGGCACCGACAUUGGAUGACUCUUCAGAUGAUAUGGAUGACGAUGACCAGACUUGCACCGGUUGUGGCGAAAUAUAUUCCCAAACCACAAAAUCUGACGACUGGGUUAAUUGCAUAGGUUGCUCCAAAUGGUUUCACGAUUCCUGCUCCAAGUUUGUGAACUUUUGCCACGACUGUGGUGUUGUUAUAUGCAAAACAAAGUGA